CCGGAACCGAGUGAGGCGCGGCGGUACCCCGCUUCAUUCGCGGGGUCCUCGCGGGGCGCGGGAUCCGGGGUUGGCUGGCCGUGGGCAGGCCGACCUGCGGCUCCCGUGGUCUCCAGCCUCCUUCCCGGGAGCGCCCGAGAAGGCGUGUGGGAGACGUCAGUCUCGCAUGUGGGACCCGCCCUCCAAAGCCUCGGGGGGCGGAGAACGGGACGGUAGGCUCGCGCGGCGGUGCGGGGGCGAGGGCAGCCUAGGCUGGCUGCGGAGACAGUGACGAGACCCCCCCUCCCGUGAGCUGAUCCCCUUUCUACAGCCAGGACCCAAUGGCCGGGGACAAAGCCAAACCCUAUGAGCUGGACCAGGAGAAAUACGAUGCUGAUGACAAUGUGAAAAUCAUCUGCCUGGGGGACAGCGCUGUGGGCAAGUCCAAACUUAUGGAGAGAUUUCUCAUGGAUGGAUUGUAUCCUUCAAGUCAGCCACAGCAGCUGUCCACAUACGCUCUAACCCUGUACAAGCACACGGCCACAGUAGACGGCAAGACUAUCCUUGUGGACUUUUGGGACACAGCAGGCCAAGAGCGGUUCCAGAGCAUGCACGCUUCCUACUACCACAAGGCCCACGCCUGCAUCAUGGUGUUUGAUGUGCAGAGGAAAAUCACCUACAAGAACCUGAGCACCUGGUAUACAGAGCUUCGAGAGUUCAGGCCAGAGAUCCCGUGCAUUGUGGUGGCAAAUAAAAUCGAUGACAGGCCAAUGUGCUCCCUUCUCUCUGCAGCAGACAUAAAGGUGACCCAAAAAAGCUUCAAUUUUGCCAAGAAGUUCUCCCUGCCCCUGUACUUCGUCUCAGCUGCUGAUGGUACCAACGUUGUAAAGCUCUUCAAUGAUGCAAUUCGACUAGCUGUGUCUUACAAACAGAACUCCCGGGACUUCAUGGACGAGGUCUUGCAGGAACUUGAGCCUUGUUCACAGAACUUUGACUUGGAGCAGAAGGAGGAAGAUGUGCCGGACCAAGAGCAGCAUGGCAGCAAUGAGAGUCCGUCUCCCUCCUGAGUCACAGGAGGAGGGCUCUCUCCAUGGCCAGGGGGUGUUCGUUCAGAAUACCCCUCCCUUCAGCAGUCUUUCAGCUCUCAACUGAGAAACUCCUCCAGGCCAUCCCCUGUUACACCCCCUAAAACCACCCAUCCCAUUUGCCUCCCCAGCUUCCAUGACCCCUGGUACCUGACCCUUCCACAGUUGAACCCCACCAUUGCCAAGCACAGAGAUGGGGUCAGCUCGGGUAAGAGACCCACAGCACAGCAUGAGGCAGAAUUAGGACGGACCAGUAUCAUAACCUCCCCCCAGGUUCUGUGGGACAGUGCGGAGAGUCAGGAACGUUCUGUGCGUGUAUCUUAAAUGAAGGGGCACUGUCGGUAGUGCUUUCCCUCCCAGAACUGACCGUGGCCCUGUUCAUUGCAUUUCCCCAAGGGAACGGUUUCUGAUUCCUGACUACUGUUUUCCUCUUUAAUCUUCCAAAUAAACCAACCAGUGUAAGGAAAUAGUUUUGUCCAGAAACCUGUUCAUUCCACACGUUUUUCAGCAGCUCUUCUAGGUAUGGCUGGGACAUUGGUGAACAGCAAGGCCAAGAUCACAGGCCCAAGUUUGCUGUGAAAAUCAGGUGACAGCAGGUGACAGGUCUGGCCACACUUAGUGACACACCAGUGUCACUAUUGUAAACCUCAAGGGUCAAUGCAGCCGCACCUCAGGCCAUACCCAUUUGCAUCGUAAGAGAUUGACUUUAAGAAAGCUUCCUUUAAUACCCCAAUUUCAGCAUAUGAGGCUUUUUUUUUUUUUUUUUUUUGAGGACUAGUGUGACACUGUACUCCUUGGGUGGCAAAGGCUGCCAGGAACUGCCUGCUGCCUUUUCCGUUUUCUACAGGACUUGUGGUUCACUAGGGUGUUUUUAUGAUCAUCUUGUGUAUCAUUUUCCUUACCUUUAUUUAUUUUUUAUUUUUACUUUCUAUUUACAGUAAAGGUUGAAUUACAUAAACAUUGAGUAGUGUACAUGCUCUGUGGGUGUGGAUUUUUUAGCACAAAGUCACAAGAGGACUUUGCAGAUCAUCAGCCACAUUCAUGAAGGGAGACUGCCUUGAUCUGUCACGCGAGGGUGACCAGAUUGACUCUCGACUGACUGUGACAGAGACCAUUUCAGUGGAAUUUAGUGUUUUUAAAAGAAUGGGUAUUUGUUUAGGAGUCAAGAAGACAUAUUUUUACCCUUGAAAUUACUGAUGCUUACAAUUUUAACUUCAGAGGUUUAACCUGACCAGGAAAUUUCAGGAAUGUGUUGCCCUGAUUAGGUGGGCUUUUAAAUACAACAACCACAACAGCUACAAAAACCUUCAGUUAUUAUAAAUGCCUAAUAAGCAUUUUUUAAAUAUAAUGACUUUAUUGAGAUACAAUUCAAAUACCAUAAAAUUCACGAUCAGUAUUGCUUUUAUGUAAUCAUUUUGCAUCAGGUUCCCUAGAAGCAGACCCUGAGAAGGCAGUUCUUACUCACAUGACUUACUGGGGCAGUUCUGUCACUGCUGGGGGCCAGCGUCACUCUCUCUUCCCACUUCCUGGGGAAGCUCGGGAAGACAGACUGCCCCACAGAAUUGGUCCCACUUUGAGACCAAGGAGGCUUUCGUGCCAGUUAGCCAAGUGUGAGGAGGAGGAGGUGGAAGGGAUGGGCAAAGUGGCUCCCGUUUUCGCAAGGGCAGUUCUCUGAGGAAAGGGCACCUAUGAGUUUUAUCCAUCGACACUUAAAGCAGCUAGGGGGUGAGUUCUCAGGCAGGGUGCCAGCCCAACAGCCACGGCCUCCACCUUGUCAUGCUCAGAUCCACCUGCUUCUUAAAGUUCAUUUCAUCCUGACAUACAGGAACACCACCCAAAUCUUGUUUAAUAAUGUAUUGAGGUGAAACUUACAUAACAUAAAAUUAACCGUUUUACAGUUCACAAUGCAGUGCCAUUUAGUACAGUUACGCGGUUGUGCAGCAGUCACCUCUGAAACAUGUCCGUCACUCUUAAGUAAAACCCCUCAUGAAGCAGUUUCUCUCCAACACCUGCUCCCCUUGCCCCUUGUAAACAAUAAUCUAUAAUCCGUCUCUAUGGAUUUAUCUAUUCUGGACGCUUCAUAUCAAUGGAAUAAAACAAUAUGCGACCUUU